AUGUGUAUAACAGAGUUUCAAUCAUGCCAUUUGCUUGUUGGUAUUGCUCUUGCAUUCUGCUUUAACCAAGUCUGGUCCACCACCAAUGAAACAGAUAGACUCGCACUGCUCGCAUUUAAGGUUGGCAUAGCCGGAGAUCCUGUCGGCGUGCUCAACACAUGGAACAAUAGCAUUGGGUUUUGCCGGUGGUAUGGCGUUACGUGUGGCCGGAGGCACCAAAGGGUCACGGUUUUGGAUUUGUCAUCACAAGGACUCACCGGAUUAAUAUCUCCUCAUAUCGGGAAUUUGAGCUUCGUAAGGGAAAUUCGGCUCCAAAACAACAGUCUCGAUCACGAAAUCCCUUUGCAAGUCGGCCUGUUGCGCCGCCUUCGUGUCUUAGCACUACACAACAAUUCAUUGGUCGGUGAAAUACCCAAAAACAUAUCCGCUUGCUCUAACCUUGUUGGACUCAAUCUUGGAGUCAACCAACUAACUGGAGAGAUUCCUGGAGAGCUUGGUUCACUGUCGAACCUACGGACGGUCACUUUGCGCGUUAAUAGUUUGACUGGGAGUGUGCCUUCCUCCAUUGGGAACUUAUCUUCACUGGAGUUCCUUGAAUUGUCCACGAACAACUUGGGCGGGAGCAUUCCCCAAGUUCUAGGCCACCUGACAAACUUGCAAUGGAUUAACCUGGGAACAAACAAAUUGUCAGGUACAAUUCCAUCUUCGCUACUCAAUCUCUCUUCGCUCGCUGUCUUUAAUGUUGGAGACAAUCGGAUACAUGGGACUCUUCCUGCAGGAAUAUGCCUCAAACUCCUAGACCUUGAUUUUUUAAGUGUUUUCAUGAACCAAAUUGAGGGGUCGAUUCCUCCAUCGGUAUCAAAUUGCACGAAGCUAGUAGUGCUUCAACUUGAUAUGAACAAAUUUUCCGGGAAAGUACCUUCUUUGGAAAAUUUGUAUAAGCUUCGUUGGUUUCGCAUCUAUAAAAAUCAGCUUGGAAGGGGAAAACCUGAAGACUUGAGCUUCCUUUGCUCGUUAACUAACAGCACCAAGUUAGACGACGUGAGUAUUCACCGGAACGAGUUUGGUGGGGUAUUACCUAAAUGCAUAGGUAAUUUAUCCACCACUCUCACAACAUUUUCUGUAACGGGCAAUCAAAUAUUUGGUGAAAUUCCAAAAGAAAUCGGGAAUUUGGUCAACCUGGAAAUGUUGUUUAUGAAUCUCAAUCAACUUUCAGGUGCUGUCCCCUCAAAUUUGGGGAAUCUACAAAAUCUAGCGAAACUUGAGCUAGGUGAUAACAACUUGGCAGGGACUAUACCAUCAUCUCUGGGAAAUCUAACCAAGUUGAUUAUACUAGACCUUUCUGGGAACAACUUUCACGGGACAAUUCCGUUGCACCUAUCUUACUGCCGGUCUCUUCAAUGGCUCGAUCUGUCAAAUAGUAAUCUCAGUGGUGCUAUACCCCCACAACUCUUCGGUCUCUCGUCAUUAGCGAUCAUUUUGGACUUGUCUCAUAACCAUCUAACUGGGGUUCUACCCACAGAAGUUGGCAACUUGAGAACUUUGACUGCGUUGGACAUCUCGAACAAUUUGUUGAUUCCAGAAUUCUUAUCGGUAUUUCGUUCCUUAAAACAUUUGAAUUUAUCGUACAACAAGUUUGAAGGCACGCUACCACGUGAAGGAGUCUUUAAGAAUGCUACCGCUACUUCUAUUAUUGGGAACAAUGAGCUUUGCGGUGGACUGCCAGAAUUCAACCUCCACAGCUGCAUCUCCAAAAGCUCCAAGAGCGGAAAGAUCAAUGUAGUGAUAUUGUUCACUUCUAUUAUAUUCGGAGUUCUUUUAGUAGUUGUUAUUCUUGCUUUUAUACAUAAUUUUUGGUCAAAGAAGAAAUUAAAUGAACCGGUUUCUGGUUCAAUGGAUGAUUCACCUCCGAACAUAUCUUAUGGAGCACUCCUAAAAGCAACCAACAAUUUUUCUUCAACGAAUUUGAUCGGAGUUGGAAGCUUUGGUUCUGUUUAUAGGGGUAUACUCAAGGAUAAUGGGAUUGCUGUUGCUGUGAAGGUGCUUGAUUUAGUUCGUCACGGUGCACUUAAGAGCUUCAUAGUUGAGUGUAAGGCAUUAAAGAACAUCAGACAUCGAAAUCUUUUGAAGAUAUUGACAAUUUGCUCGGGUACUGAUUAUCAAGGAAAUGAUUUUAAAGCCAUAGUAUAUGACUUCAUGAACAAUGGAAGCCUGGAACGGUGGCUACACCCAAACUCAACCUCAUCUCAUGGGAUUGAGCUUCGGAAAAAGUUGAAUUUCGUGAGGAGGAUAAACAUUGCUACUAGUGUUGCUUAUGCACUGGACUAUCUUCAUCACCAGUGCCACAUUCCCAUUAUUCAUUGUGAUCUAAAGCCAAGCAAUAUCCUCUUGGAUGAUGAGAUGGUCGCGCAUGUGAGCGAUUUUGGAUUGGCUAAGUUCCUCCUUGGAUCAUCCCUCGAUACCGUAGCUAAUCAUAUGAGCUCUAUGGGUUUGAGAGGGACAAUUGGUUAUGCUCCACCGGAAUAUGCAAUGGGAUGCGAGGUCUCAAGAGAAGGCGAUGUCUAUAGUUACGGCAUCCUCUUACUAGAGAUGUUCACAGGAUUGAGUCCCACUGAUGACAAAUUCGGGGACAAUUUGACUCUGCAUAGUUUUGUUGCGGAAGCUUUGCCUGAACGAGCCUUGGAAGUUACAGAUCACAUUCUGCUUUCGGAAAGAGGGAGUCCCCUUGACCCCAAUAGUCCUCAGCAUUGUCUUUCGGAAAGCAAUGUCAUAUUUCAAGAGUGUUUGGUUAUGGUAUAUAAUAUUGGAGUCACUUGCUCCAAUGAAGUGCCUGGAAGUCGGAUGAGCAUCAGCAGUGUUGCAAAUCAACUGCAAAAGAUUAGGGAAACGCUAUUUGCAUUGGGUUUACAUGAACAAGAUGAACUACCGCAGGUGACAUGA